AUAUGGAAACAAAGCUUUAUGAAGCAUCAUUAUCAGGCGACGUUCAAGCACUCAAUGCACUCCUCGAUCAAGAUCAACUCAUCCUUGACAGACUCUCACUAACCGGAUUCAAUGAAUCCCCCCUCCACAUUGCUGCCAUACGCGGCCACCAUCAGUUCGCCACCGUUCUUCUUACUCAAAAUCCAAACCUUGCUAUAGCCUUGGAUUCCCAAAGGCGAACCCCACUCCACCUGGCCUCCGCCAAUGACGACAUAGAGAUGGUCCAGGAACUUGUACGGGUGGGUGGGCGCGAUCUGUGCUGUUUCCGGGAUCAAGACGGGUUAACCCCUCUUCAUUUGGCAGCCGUGAACGAAUGUUUGGAAGUUGUUAAGGUGCUGGUUCAGGCAAACCCGGAUGCAGCUAAGGAGAUUUCGGAGACAGGAGAAACCAUAUUGCACAUGUGUAUUAUUUAUAACUGUAUUGAAUCAUUAAAAGUGUUGGCAAAGAUCACAGAUCAGGGUGGAAACACCCUUUUGCAUGCUGCUUCUAUCAAUAAACAUACACAGAUUUUAAACUACUUGCUGAGGAUACCAAGCAUCAAAGCUAAUGGAAAUGCUGUAAACAGACUUGGAUUAACUGCACUAGAUAUUUUGGAUCAAUGUCCCCGAGAUCUAAAAUCACUUGAAACAAGAGAAAUUCUAAUGGAAGCAGGUGUGUUGAGAGCAAAUGACCUUAGACCAGCUCUUGACAAACCAUUACAGUCAAUAAUGAAAUCCUCACAGAAUAAACGGAAAGGGUUACUAUCAAGAACAUGGGCUUGGUAUGUGAAUGCUGACCAUCAUUGGAUUGAAAGGCAGCGUGGGAUUCUAAUAGUUGCUGCUUUAGUGGUAGCGGGGAUGUCAUUCUACUCGGGGAUUUACCCUCCAGGUGGUACUUUUUCAAGCACCCAAAAUGGCAUGUAUUCGCUUGGAAAUGCAGUUCAAACAGAAGUAGACAUGGAUCAGUUCGACAUGUUUCUAGCAAACAAUACGGUCACUAUGAUAAUUUCAUUGGUCAUAGUCCUUGUGCUGAUCAGUGGAUUUCCAUUAAGGAAUAAGUUUUGGAUGUGGUUGCUUACUCUUGGAAGCAUGUCCGCUAUGGUGUCUAUGGUGACUAGUUAUUUGGAAUCAUUGAGUAUGAUGUCACCGGAUGGGUAUUUUGGUGAGGCGACCUUUUUAAUUUGUGUGAUUGGGAUGGUGGGUUGUGGUGUGGUGGCAUUGAUUCAUACCAUAUUUUUCGUAGUUUGGGUGGUGAUGAAGCUUUCAAAGUGCAUGAUGCCAGAGAAAGACAAAAAUGGGAACCAGGAUGUGGGUGACGCUUGAUGUUAUCGUAUAAUUUGUCAUUGUUCUUUAACCACAACUUUUUCAUGAAUUUGGUGUUGUAUAGUUUGAUGUGUUUAAUAUUUGUAUAGUUUAUGUGUUUAAUAUUUGUAUAAUCAAUGUAUUUUGUUCUUUCAA